AUGCACUGUUUCUGUCUUUCUUUCUUUCUCUGUGCACACGCACAUACACAUAUCUAUCUAUCUAUCUAUCUAUCUAUCUAUCUAUCUAUCUAUCUAUCUAUAAAAAAGUAUUCAUUUCUUCCAAAACCUUUCUCAUUUUUUGUCAACUCAUUAUCCUCCUUUUUCAUUUAUCUUUCUUUUCAUUCUUUCGCUUUCUCUGACAUUCUUCUUUCUUAUGAUUUCUUCUUCCUCUUCUUUUUCCCCACUAUCUCCGGCUCUACUCUUUCCUGGCCUUUUCUUCUCACUGUCUUUGUCUUUUUCUUUUCUUUUCUUUUCCCCAUGUCCAUUCACCUGAAUUUCUUCACUCAGUGUCAUGUUUUCUUCACUUCCCAUCCUUUUCCUGUCUUUUUCUUUCUCCCUUCUUUCUUUGUGUUCUUUCUUUCCCUUGCGUUCGCCGUCUUCUUCCAUCUCCCCUCUUUCACUGUCUUCUUUCCUCUCUUUCCCAUCUUCUCUCUUUCUUCUCUCUUCUUUCUUCAUUUACUACUUGUCUUUUCGCUUCUCUUUGUAGUUUCUCGGCGUUCACCUACCUCCGCCCUUACCAUCGAACCAAAGCUUUCAAGUCCGUCGACGCAUCCAGACUCCUCGGUCUUUUUCUUUCUCUUCCUUCCGAUGGAAACAAAAACUGGAAAGCAUUUCUUUAAACCAAAUGGAGCUAUUACCUUUAUCUAUCUAUCUAUCUAUCUAUCUAUCUAUCUAUCUAUCUAUCUAUCUAUCUAUCUAUCUGUUUUGUGGCUGUUUGAAAUCGUAUAUUAG